AUGGAGGAGCAAGGGCCUGUAAUCAUUUCACCACUGCCAAUUAGGCCAACCACUACGCCAUGCAUUUUGGAUAGAUACUCAGGACAAAAGAGUGAGCAAGAAGAAGCCCAUGCAGAAUUACUAGCUAUUAUGGCACCACCACAUCGAGACAUCAGUGCUUCUCCCGUUUAUCGCACCGUCAAUCCCUUGCCACACGACACGUCUUUUACUGUUGCAGCAGCUAUGAUUUCUAUGGCAGUGGCGGCUGCGGCCGAUUCCGAUUUGCGCCCUCGUUCCUAUAGUGUUGGUGACGAUCGUAUCAUCACUUGUUGA